UCAGUAUCGAGGAAGGCAAGGUCGCGGAUGGGAGCAAUGCCUCGUUUUCUCUCGUCUCUUUGUCUUCUGUAUGUUGCGGCGCCUCCCUCCUUCGUCUUCGCCUUCGUCAGUCUUACCCCGAAGGAAGGGUGGGCGGAGCAGGACUGGUGGGCGUGGGAGGGCAUGGAGGAUGUCCUGCGGCAAAGUUCUGAGUCCAGGUGUUCAUCAGCGCUGCUCACUGACGCCCACACGCCCACACCGCAACUCCUGCAGUCCUCGGGGGGCCGCUCAGUGUUCGUGGCUGGAACAAGUUGUGAAGGGUCCAAUGAGACAAGUUCCUCUCACCUGCUGUCUCUCCUGCGUCAAGUUUACCAGAUCAGGAAGCGGUCUUGGUGCCUGACGGUGGUGGUGCUGGUGACCGCCACUUGCCAGCGUCUCCUCGCCCCGCUGGCUGAGGCGUGCAUGGCGACGAGACUGCUGGCGGGGGACACAAGACUCUUUCUGGUGCUACGAGACGUCCCUUACUCCAACUUGACCUCGCUUCUUGCCCCGCACUGGCCCUUCACUAUGGCCACCACCAUCGUUCUUAAUGUGAAGGGCGCUGCGCAGGAUACCAGGGCCACGUUGUUCCUUUAUCAGCCCUACACAAGCGUGGGGCCACGUCUUCUCAGGGUGGAGGAGAGGGAGAGAGGAAGACACCAGUACUUAAUUCCACCUUCAUCCACCGCCUCCAUCUCCUACAGGAUAAAUUCUCUGACUUCCAUGGCGCGGAGGUGAAGGUGACAGCCAGGCCCUUCCCACCAUACUGGUUGGAGGGGGAGGAGGAGAGAGGGGCUGCUGACGGCUAUCACGGCACAGAUUACCUCCUCCUGCAAGCUGUGGCCUCUGCUCUU